AUGAAGGUCCUCGCCAAGUUCCUGGCCCUCGCCGCAAUCGCCAUCACGGCCACCUCUGCUCUUCCAACCACUACCGACACCAACCUCGUCGCCCGCCAGCCCUCUGACCCGCCGUGGUGCAAGCCUUGCCCACCAGGCAAAUACUGCCAAUGUGACUCUAACCUCCAAUGCUUCCCCAUCACCGGCACGGGCGUCUUCGCCGACUACUACACCCCCGCCAUCGAGACAUUCUGCACGCGCUUCAACGGCGCCUCCCUCUCCACCAACUCCGCCUUCCGCGAAGUCUACUCCAUCCCCCCCGGUACCGACAACACCGUCGCGCUCUCCCUGACGAACCCCUUCUGCGACGCGGACGCCUACUUCGACUACGAGGGGUGCGUGCCGACGUUCUACAACAUCCUGCUCGGGUGCAACACCGGCGAGAGCCCCCACAAGAAGAACGUCGGCGGGACGUAUAUGUACGGGUGCGGACAUUAUAUGCUGCAGCAUAGUGGACCGGGCAUCUAA